AUGGCUGAUGACGGUAGUGAGUUGAACGGACAAAAUGGUGUUGACCCCCCAGGACUGUUAAAUCAACGGCAGCAGUUGAAUCAGCAGAUUAAUCCCGCACCAGCGGCCCACCAGCAGCAGCAAUUUUUCGCUCCCGUUGUGACUACACACCAGCAACAGCAGCCGUUCAUUCCCGUUUCUGCAGCUCAGCAGCAGCUGUUUACAAACAUUCCGCCCCACCAAUCGCAACCCCAGGUCAGUAAUGAUAUGCUCAUGCAAAUAAUGCAGAUGAUGCAACAGACGAUUGCUCAAAGCCAACAGCAGUUUGCUCAAAGCCAGCUCCAACACCAACAGCUUAUGGCUCAGCUGGUACAGCGGCAGCAACAGUCCGACGAGCAGCAACAACAGUUUUUUCGUACUAUUGCAUCGUCAAUAAACGUGCAAGUACCACCGAACCCGGAACAGAUCCUUGACUCCUUGGCAAGCAAUAUCAAGGAAUUCCGGUACGAGAUCGAGAGUAAUGCCACUUUCGCAGUGUGGUACUCUAGAUACGACGAUCUUUUCGAGAAGGAUGCUGCUAGGCUGGAUGACGAGGCAAAAGUUCGUCUCCUAAUGCGAAAGUUGGGUUUAGCAGAGCAUGAGAGGUACGUAAGCUUCAUUUUACCAAAGUUUCCCAAGCAUUUUAGUUUCGCACAGACAGUUGACAAGCUGAAGAGCCUGUUUGGAGCGAAAGAGUCGGUUAUCAGUCGUCGAUACCGAUGUCUGCAAAUCGCGAAGAAUCCUACUGAGGAUCAUGUGGCGUUCGCGUGUAGGGUAAACAAGGCUUGCGUAGAAUUUGAACUGGGAAAGCUCACGGAAGAACAGUUCAAAUGCUUAGUAUACGUGUGUGGUCUGAAAUCGGAGAAUGACGUCGAGAUUCGUACCCGUCUCCUUACAAAAAUUGAGGACAACAACGACGUUACAUUGGAGCAGCUCUCCGAGGAGUGUCAGCGUCUGUACAACCUCAAACACGACAGUGCGAUGAUUGAGUCUGCAGCACCAUACAACCAAGUGCAAGCGAUACAGAAGUUUGGUGGGAAGCGAUUAGGCGAGCGUGACCGAGAGUCACCACAACUGUCUUCGAGUGCUACCGGAAGGAAGCCAAGUUAUCCUUGUUGGCUUUGCGGUGCAUUACAUUUCGUCCGAGACUGUAGUUACGACAAUCAUAAGUGCUCCGAUUGCGGCCAAGUCGGACAUCGUGAAGGAUACUGCGACAGUGCAAAGUCUCGGAAACCUGGAAGCAGACGUAAGAAGCGAGACGUCUCAGCCAAAGUGGUGGUGGUCGACGUAUGCAGCGUGGAGCAGCGACGCAGAUUUGUAUCUGUUGGCCUAUCUGGAACGGAUAUUCGACUGCAACUUGACACUGCAUCUGACAUCACUGUCAUCAGCAGGGAGAGUUGGCAGAAACUCGGUAGCCCUGCGCUUUUGCCAGCAACAGUCAAAGCGAAGACAGCAUCUGGUAACAUUUUGCCACUCGAUGGGGAAUUCGAGUGUGACGUCACAAUCGGAGAAAGUACACGACGUGAUCUGAUCCGUGUUACCGAGAAACAACUACAUCUACUCGGUUCCGAUUUAGUCGAGAGUUUCAACCUUUGA